GCGUUGUAAUGUCUUGUAGUUUCCUUUGUCGUAUGAAGAGAUGCUCACAUCGUUCGGCGGCACAUCUCGCGACAUGUGUCAUACGGUACCUGGGGUGCUCGAUGUUCAGGAUCCGUAACCUAACCUCUCGAACACAAGUAGCUAGGGACCAUGCUACUCAAGAUGCUUAGCGAUAAAAAUGCAAAGAGUGAAAAAUCGAAAUAAUUGCCUUUGCCGCUUUUUCUUGCACGACCUGAUCUGCAGAAAUAACUCGAACGCCGAGGGUGGGUGUACAAUUUGUUAAAGCCAAUUGUCUACUACAUGCUAGGUAAAUGAAUACUACGACCAGCAGGUCGUCGCAGCGUGAACAGUGAUCGCCACUGUUUGAAGUACU